AUGCUAGCCUUAAAACCCAAAGUUCUCUCAUCAGUCCUGGGCCAGACCGUCACUGGAGGCGUCAUAGUAGCCUUACUCCUAAACGCAGACGGCUCUGUCCUAGCAAGCUCCGGCUCCGACGACCGUGAAGCCAAAAUCAUCGCUUCUGUAGCUAGCUCCAUAUGGAAGACAUUUGACAAGUCAUCACAUCUAAUACCCAGUGACAAUUCAAACUACCCUACUCCACAGGCUUCACGACGUGGUGGUGGCAGAUCCAGAAGUGGUGGUGCGGUCCCGCCCCCUGUCGUGGAUCAGUUGAAAGAGUUUGCCUGUGAUCAUAAAGAUAGGGGCCGCCUAUGCAUGAUACGAAUAAGUAAACUGCUGCUAUGUAUUGCUGCUUCUGAAGAUACCCCAUUGGGUGUUUUGAUGGCCAAGGGACGUGCACUCAGAGACUCUCUCGAAAGUCCAUUGAGCAGUAUAGGAAUAUGA